AACGAUUGCAACUGAUAAGUAAAUUUCGGUGAUUUUAGUAUUUCGCACAUUAAAAUGGAUUAUGAAAACGAAAAAGUUUUGAAAUUAGUAUUUCCUGACAGUUAUGAAGAGUUGCUCAGUGGUGAUAAUGCUUCCGAAGUUACGGACUACAUGUUCAGGUUGGGCUCGUUGAAAGUGGACCAGCUUAAAAAGGAAAAAGUAAGACUGCAAGAUGAAACUAAACAGAAUGUUGAACAGACGCAGGAUUUGGCGGUUAAUAAUUACCGGACGUUUAUCGAAACGGCAGAAUGCUCGCGUGAGAUCUAUCGUAAAUUUGUUGAAACGGAAAAGCGGAUUGGAUGUUUAGAUAAAAAGUUGCCCGAUUUCGAGACCACCUGUCAGAGGUUCUUGGGUUCUUCUAGUAAUAUAAAUAGUGCUCGCAGAUUGAAUUCGUUAACGCUGACGCGUAAUGCAGAGCUACUAGAAAUACUGGAGAUUCCACAAUUGAUGGAAACAUGCAUUCGCGAAAACAAAUACGAUGAAGCUUUAGAACUGGCCGCCUAUGUGCAGCGUGUUGGGAGUAAGCACGGUGAUAUACCCGUGAUAGCUAAUAUACAAGGCGCAGUCGAAGCUGCUUGGCACACCAUGCUUGUGCAGCUUUUAUCGCAGCUGCGAACGGACCUACAAUUGCCUAAAUGCCUCCAGGUGGUGGGUUAUUUGCGCAGGAUGCAAGCUUUUACUACACCAGAACUAAAAUUGAAAUUUCUUCAAAUAAGAACCAGUUGGUUCAGGAAUUUGCUAGGAAAAAUACCACAACAGGAUGCUCAUACGCAUCUAACGAAAACAAUAGAAGCAACACGUAUUCACUUAUUCAACAUUAUAACCCAAUAUCGCGCGAUUUUUCCAGACGAGGAAGAUUUAAUGUCCAUGUCAGUUAUCACAUCUGAUCGGAACGCUACUGAUGGAAGCAAAAUAUUCCAUAGUUGGCUCCAUGAUCAAAUAGUGGCUUUCAUCUCUGUGCUCGAGAAAGAUCUCGCUUCCAACAAUAUUAAUUCUUUUGAUACUAUUUUGGGACAGUGCAUGUACUUUGGAUUAUCUUUCAGUAGAGUAGGGGUUGAUUUUCGAUCACUAAUAGCACCGGUUUUUGUGAAAGUUAUUUCUUCCAAUUUUCAAGCAACAAUCAUUAAGAUAACACUUCAGUUUGAGCAAGAUAUGGAACGUUACACACUUAUCAAUAAAGUUCCCACUGGCAUAAAGCGAACGAAGGUUAAUGACAAAGGUGGAAGUAACACCCAACCUCCAGAAAGUCUCCUUGACUUCACACCUCUGGCAGUCUACUGCAAUGGUAUUUUAACAGUUUUUAAUGAGCUUCGAUUGUGUGCUCCAAUUGCAUUGGCUCCUGUAGUCACAGAAUCUUUGGAGGGAUCGCUGGAAAGUGUAUGCAGACAUAUUCUAUCAUUCUAUCGUCAAGAACAGCAAGCUUUUACAACAUCAGAGCGAGAAUGUUUCACACGAUUUUGCACUUGCUUCGCAUACGAUUUAGUUCCGUAUCUGCAACGGUGUAUGCAUUUCAUUUUCCCCCCACCAACCAUCGCAAAUCACUUAGGCAUCAAUGUUCUAACGCUGCAGAAGCAUGGAAUUACUUACUUGAAACAAAAGAAAAUCUUAGAGCCUAUCAAUUAUCUGCUACCUGAUAAAAUCGAAGCCGUAAUUAAGCAGGUGAGCGAGAUUAGUCUUGAAACCGGUGCUGUAUCCAUGACACAGCACAAGCAACCCACAACAGCUGAUGAGGAAAAGGAAUCGUCUGGUGAUAAGGUUGAUUAGGGCAUUGCCCAUCGACAUGUGCUGCUGUGCAAAUACACUUAAAUUCAGUAUCGCAGAAUGCCAUGUGGAAGGAGAUAAUGGCUCGACAAGUAAGGCAUUUACGCUAAGUAACAGAUUAGAUUUAAAAAUAUAUAUAACGCCUUAUAAAAAAAGUGGAUUUAAUCCUCGUAAAUAUCGUACGAUACUAAUUGGUGUUG